AUGUCUAUAAUUUAUGGUUUAGUAGCAAGAGAAAAAACUGUAUUGGCAGAAUAUACCGAAUUUGGAGGAAACUUUUCAAAUAUUAGCAGACUACUUCUUGAAAUUAUACCCCCGCAUUCCAGCAGAAAAUCAUAUAUAUAUGAUAACUACGUUUUUCACCAACUUGUGAAAAAUGGUAUCACAUUCAUGGCUAUGACUGACAAAGAAUUGGGUUUUCUAACGCCCUAUGCAUUUCUAGAUGAAAUAUCUAAAAUAUUUUUUAAGCACUUCAAUUACACUUCUGAUUUAAUUACUUUAUCGCUGGAUGAAGAAUUUAAACCUGUCUUGAGAGAAAACAUGCGAAUAUUCAAUAACUAUGAGUCUAAUGAUGUACAUAACAUAAAAAACCAAAUUAGUAAUAUUCAAAAUAUCAUAAUUGAAAAUAUUGAAAAAAUAUUAGAAAGAAGGGAGAAAAUUGAUAUAUUAGUCAACAAAAGUGAAAAAUUAUAUCAGGAAAAUAUAAGUUUUAGAAGAGAAGCUAUGAGAUUAAAUUUGUUUAUGUGGUUUGAAAAUAACAGAUUUACUAUUUACUUUGUUUCAACCAUAGUUAUAUUUAUCUUCCUUAUCUGGUCCUUUUAUAAUAUAUAA